AUGGGCUCGCGACGCUGGCCUGGCCUGGUCACCGAGAGCUUCCUGCACCUACAGAGAACCGCCCUUCGCCGGCGAUGUACAAGACAGCUUCUCUCACGGACGCAGUCGCUUCAGCUCUCUUACACGCCGGGCCUGGUUGAUAAACAGGUGGCCGUUAUAGGUGGUGGAAUAACUGGCCUCACAACCGCCUACUACCUCGCGCAGCAUCCAACCACCCAGGUCACCCUUUACGAGAAAUCAAAGCAGCUCGGCGGAUGGGUUCAGACAGAGACGGUCGAGACGGACAGCGGGAAGGUCGUCUUCGAGUAUGGCCCGCGGACGCUGCGGUGUUCACUGCCCGAUGUGAUGCCUACGCUUGAACUGAUAACACAGCUAGACUUGGAAAACACGAUGCUUGUGACGAGCUCGGAAGCACCUGCGGCAGUCAAUCGAUACCUUUACUAUCCCGACCAUCUUGUUCGUCUCCCUGGACCACAGCCCGGCGGACGCACCUUGGCUGGUAAUAUCGGGAACCUCAUACACGUCGCUACAGAACCGGUUUUCGGGGGGUUGAUAUGGGGACUGCUAAAGGAGCCAUUCCGAGAAAGCCGUGACCCAAAGCUGCGCGAUGAAUCAAUUGCGGAAUUCAUCACUAGACGAGUUGGGCGGGAGCCCGCUGACAACAUAGCGUCUGCGAUAUUCCAUGGAAUUUACGCCGGUGACAUAGACAAACUAAGUGCCAAAACUAUCCUACCGUCGCUCUGGGAAUGUGAACUAGGUGAAACUGGUGUCAUGAUAGAAAUGGCGGAGCGGUCUGGCAAACCAUCGCGGUAUUCAUAUAACAUGUUAACGGUACUCAAAGCUAUACAGCGUGAAUACUCAGGGGAAUAUUCCCGUGUAUUGCCCAAGCUUGUCUCUGGUGGUAGCGUUUUUUCCCUGGAAGGAGGUUUGAACUCCAUUGCAGAAAAAAUAACCAAGGACCUCUCUGAGCUUCCUAAUGUGAAGAUAAUUCCAGAGGCGAAUGUAUCUCACAUUCAACAUGAUAAAGGCAAUCAGUCACUGAUGCUCGUUUCCUCAAACGAGCCAGCUGUGAGAUACGACUAUGUUAUCUCUACCACGCCAUCCAAAGUGCUCGCCGAUCAGCUCCGCGGUCCAGGGGGCCACACGCCUCCAACCGCAACCUCAAGACUAUUAGCCUCGAAUAACUAUGCCGUAAAUGUAAUGGUGGUCAACCUCUUUUAUAACGACCCCGACCUCGUGCCGGUAGACGGAUUCGGGUAUCUGAUACCUCGCUCCGUGCCCAUCGAGCAGAACCCCGAGCGCGCAUUGGGUGUGCUCUUCAUGUCGGAAGCUGUUGUCGGUCAAGACACAGCCGAAGGAACCAAGCUCGCCGUCAUGAUCGGGGGACAUUGGUGGGAUGGAUGGGAAGAGUCAGACUUCCCGGACGAGCAGAAUGCUAUCGAUAUGGCCAAGUCAGUGCUUUCACGCCAUCUAGGGAUCAGCCAGCAGCCGACUAUAGCUAAAGCCCGGAUGUUGCGCAAUGCUAUACCACAGUAUACUGUUGGGCACAGCGAGCGGAUGGAGGAGCUGCACGACUCCCUCUCUCGGGAAUACGACUCCCGUCUCAAGGUUGCCGGUGCUUGGUAUACGGGAAUCGGAGUCAAUGACUGCAUCGCCUCUGCGCGGGCGGUAGCCACUUCGAUCCGUCAAGGGAGCCAUGAUGAGACGGGCCUGGAAAACUACGUACAUCCUCUCAAGCCCAUGGAUUAG